UUUUGUUAAUGCCUCACGACAAUAACCCCUCUACUUCUAUUCAUAUGUGAUAAUGUGAUAAUGUCAUAAUGUCACAAAAACUAAUACAAACCUUCCAUCCGGAGAACAUACCUACCACCGUCUCUGUUUUCCGGCCUGACGGCGAAGUCCCAGUCUUGAAUGCACGGUAUAUGGUGAGUGUCGUAUCUUCAAGGUAGACUUUUCAGAUGGAGAAAACUGGUCUGUACAUAUUCCAAUCCAUGUCCAGAGCGAUUCUCAAGAGGCAACCAUAAGCGUUCUUCAAGAAGAGCAAGAUGUGCUUCGAGAGAUUGGUGAAACGGACUUUCGUAGGCUCUAAAAUAUCAUGGAUCUAGCUGCACAUUCGAAAAUUUGGUUGGAUACCAGUUCAUAGUAUUGUCAUGGAUUGAACGCUCUCCCCUUCCAUGGACUGCCAACUAUCCACCAAGACCUGUUCGGAAUAAAAUCCUUGCUCAAGUCGCUGAGAUACAGAUGUCGCUCAUUAAGUGCACCAGAGAAAAUAGUAUAUCAGCCACUUUCCUUCAAAUGCAAAUGCUUACAUUUAUUGUAGGGGGAAGCGCCACAGCGUAUUUCUCGAGAAUAAUAGAUGACAAGUUCCGCCGAGUUCCCAAUGGGCACCUUCCCUUUAUCACUGAGCAGGACUGUUUCGACCAAAAAAGCCUUCUGCCUACGGUGCUUCAUCCUGAACUAGAGGAUAUGCCAUUCGCUAUAGAUCAUGGCGAUCUAUCACCGCUAAACAUAAUAGUUGACUCUGAACUCAACGUUACUGGGUAAGUAGAUGAUGUCAUCUCUGGUUACGGUGAUAUUGCUAACUAUGAAAGUAUUAUUGAUUGGGGAUAUGCAUCAAAGGUUCCCAUCCAACUAGCCGGUCGCUUUCCUCGCUUUCCUCGCUUUCUUCAGCUCCAACAGCUUGUCAUACCCCCAAGUCCAACUCUACAAGAAGAUCGAAAAGCUUAUGUUGCUUCGCUCAAGUCUUAGUCUUCGCAAGUAGCUUCUUUGGAUGUCGCUUAUUUAUUCAUCCGCCAAUGUUGACUUUCGCCAUUGCUUUCUAGAGUCAAUAAUCAGCAAGGGUAUGCACCAUUCGCUAGCAGAUCUAGGAUGGAAGCUUCCUUACCGCGAGCUAUAAUGUAAUUUCA